AUGGCCGGCCUAGUUCUGACAGCGUUGCUUGGGUGGCUGGGUGUGAACGCCGCACCACUGCCUGCCUGCGACGUGUCGCGGCCGUCCAAGGAUGUGUGUGACGACUUCUGCAAUUACCGCUGCAGCUUCUACAAUGCCUCUGCAGGCGACACUGGCAAGCGUGAGAACGUGACGCUCUACCGCCUGACGCCCCUGAAUGUCACCGGCCUCCGCAACAAGAACACCGGAGAUGCAUCUGGUGACAUCAACUACUGGAUUUCGAAGAAGAACAUGUCGCGCAUCUGCGCGGAGGAUCCCCGAGCACACGGCUGCGUCGACGCGUCGGAGGAUCUCUACGGCAUCUUCACCCUCGAGGUGGACGGCCAGUAG